AUGGGCCCCUUCCCACCUUCUUUUGGAUACACUUACAUCAUUCUUGCAGUGGAUUCUGUGUCCAAAUGGGUGGAGGCCAAAGCAACCAAGACAGAUGAUGCAAGGGCAGUAGUUGAUUUUGUGAAAACGAACAUCUUUGCUAGGCAUGGAGUUCCCAAGACAAAUGGACAAGCUGAAGUAUCCAAUAGGGAGAUCAAAGCUAUUCUAGAAAAGACCGUGUCCCCCAGCAGAAGAGAUUGGAGUACAAAACUGGAGGAUGCCUUGUGGGCAUACAGAACAGCCUAUAAAACACCCAUAGAACACAAGGCCUAUUGGGCUGUCAAGAAUUGCAAUAUGGAUCUGAAGGAAGCCGGACACCAUCGCAAGUUGCAACUGCAAGAACUAGAAGAGAUAAGAAGAGAUGCAUAUGACACUUCAUGGGACUACAAAACCAAGAUCAAGGCCUCCCAUGACAACCGAAUUUCAAGGAAACAUUUCGAGGUUGGUGAUAAAGUCUUACUUUUUGAUUCUCGUUUGAAAUUAUUUCCGAGAAAACUGCGGUCUAGGUGGAUUGGACCAUUCAUUGUUGAGCACACUUACCCUCAUGGGCCAGUAGACAUUCGCAGUAUAGAUGCAGGGAAGCAAUUCAAGGUGAAUGGCCAUCGCCUGAAGCCAUUCUAUAAAGGAUUUACAGUGCAACUAGUGGAAGAAAUUCCACUAGAUCGUCGCUCACUCUGA